AUGAGCAAUGAUGACCCAUUUUUAAUUCGCUCCGAGAGCUUGUGGGACCUCGAGGAACGCCCCAUCCUGGAGAACGUUCCCGUAUAUGAAGGACGGGAUAAUGGUGCAUGUGAUGGGUUGGGACUUCGAAAAGUCGCUGUGGCCAUACAUAUAAAAAAGACCUCGUUUGAUCAAUUAGCAGGCUGUUGGUCACCAGAUCCGCGCCUUUUUGUGGCUCGAGAGUUAGUACGGGAAUCGAAACUCUCGGUGCUGUUGCUUAAAGGGAUGGUCUGUGUGGGUGGUCUUGGGGCAUCAGUGAAUUCAUUGCACAACUGCCCUUCGGUCUUAAAGUGA